GCAUUCUGCUGGUGGGCGGGGCCAAAGAAAAAAAGGGGUGGGGUCAGAAUACCAAAACUGCCAGCAUAUUGUAGCUUAAAGUUCUUAAUGACAGUAACUAAGCCUUAAGUGAGGCAUUGCAACCUUUUAGAAUGGGGAAAAACUUAACAAAAACCAAGAAACCACCAAACAAUCAGUCAGUGGAGGAAAUGGGCCAGGGCCAGAGGAAGGCGAUGGAGCCACCUGGGGAACUCCAGAGUGCUGGAUCAGAAAAUGCAGAGGACACCUCUGAGCUGAACAACGCUGUGCGAUUUGGCUCGAUUGAGACUGUCAAGCAGCUGUUGGAAAAAGGUGUUGAUAUCAAUUCAAAGGUGGAGGGGGGUUGGACAGCACUCCACAGUGCCGUUAAGGCAAACAAGGAAGAGAUGGUUCACCUCCUGCUGGGCAAAGGAGCUGAUCCAUAUGCUAGGAAGGUUAAUGGUGCGACUCCUUUUAUUAUAGCAGGGAUAACAGGCAAUGUGGAGCUUUUGGACCUCUUUCUUAAGAAAGGGUCAGAAAUUGAUGAGUAUGAUAUCAAUGGCUUCACAGCUUUUAUGGAGGCUGCUUUAUAUGGGAAUGAGAAGGCCCUGAGGUUUUUGUAUAAGAAAGGGGCAGAUGUAAAUUUGGGCAGAGUAGUUGAUGAGGGGAGAAGGGCCCUGAAUAAAGGAGGUGCAACAGCCCUGAUGGAUGCUGCCAAGCAUGGCCGUGUCACUGUUGUCAAUGCCCUAGUCACAGAAAUGAAGGCUGACGUGAGCAUCUGUGACAAUCAAGGGAGGAAUGCAUUAGUCCAUGCUCUCUCAGUGAUUGAAGAGAAAGACAGGGACCAAGGGAAAGAGGAAGUUGCACUUUUCCUCUUAAAACAUAAGACUGACGCGAACAACAGAGAUGAAAAUGGGAAAACUACUCUCAUACUGGCUGUUGAAAGGGAAAGCCAAGAUCUGGUGAAAGCUAUUUUGAAAACAGAUGAAGUUGACAUAGAUGACGCUGACAAAAACAGCAGAACAGCACUAAUGGUAGCGGUGGAGAAGAAAAACUAUGAAAUAGCAAAGAUAUUGUGUGAAAAAGGAGCAAGAACAGACAUUGGAGACCUCAUUAAGAUUGCCAGUGUAACUUACAACAAUGAAAAAAUGUUAGAACUUCUUCGUAAAUAUCGUGCACCACCCCGCCCAAGCCAGCCAGCAAUACAGAUGGCGUUUUCUAGCAGACGCUGGAGAUCCCAGCUCCAGGACCUCCAUGAAAUGUAUCGUCCUAUGAUUGGAAAACUCAAGUUAUUCAUGUAUCAAGAUUUCAGGAUACAGAGAACUUCCAAUGGAGGAGGAGUCUACCUUGGAAUUUAUGAUGGAAAAGAGGUCGCUGUAAAGAUAUUCCACACUAAUGCAGAAAAUGCAGAGCGAGAGAAAGCCUGCCUUGAGGAAUGCCGAACUAGCCACCAUCUGAUGAAGUUUUAUGGGUGGGAAGAACGGAAGGCCUGUCUCUACUUGUGCCUCGCUCUGUGUGAGAAGAACCUUGAGGAAUAUUUUGGGAUGGCAGAGGACGCAGCCAUGGAGAGCAAAGACAUGCUUGAAAGAAUAUUUCUAGCAGUGAAGGAACUUCAUGGAUUUGGAUUUGGCCAUCAGGAUCUGCACCCAAGUAACAUUUUGAUAGAUGUUACUGGCAAAGUUUUCCUGGCAGAUUUUGAUAAGAGCACGGAGUUAGUUGACGAUAAUGAUGAGAAAGAUCUUAUAAUCAAAGAAGACCUGAAGGCCCUUGAAAGGCUGGUUGUAUAUGUUGCAAUGAGGGGUACAGCCCGCUUUGAAGACUUACCCACAGAGUGUCCAAUAAAUGUAGAUAAUCAUAUAGAAAUAGAAGACCUCAGAGCAAGUCUGAGUAACCUUGAUGAAAAGAUCCCAGUCAGUGAACAACUUGGACACUUGAUAUACCAUCCUUAUUUUUGGAGCAAGCAGGCGAAGUACAGAUUCUUAAGAGAUGUUGGGAAUGAGAGCGAUAUUAAGACACGCGGCACUAAGCACCAGAACGAUAACAGUGACAUUCUGAAGACUUUGAAUCGUGAAGAUGAUCCUUUCAAGGAUUGGACUGAAAAGAUACACAAAGAUGUUCUGGACUGUAUGGUUGACCCUUUUAGUGACAGGGACAAGAAAAAGAAAAAUAGAGCCAAAAAAAUUUAUGAAAACUGUGUGACAGAUUUACUGAAGCUAAUCAGGCAUGUCGGUGAGCACUUCAAAGAGAAGGAUGAACAGUUGAAAGACAUAAUCAAAGAGCCUGCAGACUAUUUUCUGGAUCUCUUUCCAAAUUUAACAAUUUAUGUCUACCGGAGUUUGUAUAAUAUACAAUAUGAUAAACAUUUCCCAGAUGCUCAGAACCCUUCUCACUUGUAAUGGAGAUCAGCAGCAGUGGAAUUCCUGCAGGUGGCAUAUCUGUCUUUCUUUAGUUUUUCUCCAUUAUAUGAAGAUCCAAAAUGGAGUAAAGAAAUAUAGUUUCAGCACCUCAAUAUAAAGAGACAACAAGAAAACCUUCAUCUCAUAGAAACAACUUUUUUUAUUAACUAUGCUUUUGCCAUUUUGGAUCUGCAAGUUUGGUGGGAGGUGGCCAUUGAUUGCUUGGAAUUGAGGCCUUUUCUCACUUACCAGCCACAAAUCAAGUGAUUUUUUUUUAAAGAUGUAACCUCCGAAUUCUAUGCUGUAGCUGUGGAGAGAGGAAACACUUUCUAUUACACUCAGCAGUGGCUUGUCCUUGAAUCACUUAAAUAUUGAAAGAGGAACUGCAAAGUACAGCAGCUCUCCUAACCUUUCUUGCUAAAAAUGUAGCUACUUCAAAUCUUCGUGCAGUUUUAUACUCUAAAAGCUUUAACAAAGCUGCAACAAUACAAUUGGCAUCAACUGGGUCCAGUGCAAUUUAGAGGGGACGUUCCGUAGUUUCUUUAUGAUAUGGCUGCACUGAGAGUUGCAACUAAUAGAGUUGUUGCCAGCACCAUGUCACAGGAAUACGUGAACAGAGCAAAAGGGGCCUCCUUCCUGCCACAAAUUUGCUCCCUAAAAGGACUACUUCCUUCCUUCAGGCCAAAAUACAGACUGGUCUAGAGCCUGUUCUCCGGAAAUAGGGUGAUGGUGAGAGACAUUGCAAUCAGACUGGUAUAAAUCGGUUGACUUGGCAACCUCAGAGGGCAAAUUAAUAGCUCACAAAGUCAAUUAAGAAGUGGUUACGGCAGGGUAAUUGCCAAUAAAUCUGUCAAAGGGUGCUUCCAGAUGAGGCUUUUGUUGUGCAAUCAUUCUGCCUCAUUCACAGAAUUUUAUAGCGGGUGCGGAUGUCAUCCUAUCCUCCUUGUAAGUCUCCUGCGUUUCCCCGCCGCUUCCUCCAUCUUUUUUCUUACCAGAAAAAAAAAACUAUUAAGGAGGAAAAUACAAAAUAACUGCACAAUGCCCUUUGUUGUUAACACUCAGGCUCCUUUAUCUGGAAGCAUCCAAAGUGGUUCCUGAUCCAUGAAAGCUUACAUAAUUUCUUAGUGGUGCAAAAAGUGUGCCCCCGUCACCAGCCCUGUCUGGUGGCUACCAGCAUCUGGCACUGCCGAAAAAAGUGGGGAGAGGAAAAAACAGUCUAGGAACAGGCUCUAUGGUUCAACCUCCUUCCUGGGAUGCUCUAUGGCAGGAACCAUAGAGCCAUAGGUGUGCACAAGGGGUGUACUGGGUGUGCCCAGGCACACCCUAAUGUCUCAAGCAAUAAGCCCCGAAUUGAGGGGGGGCAUUGGGUAGGGAUCCAGAGGGGGAUCCAGAUGCAGUGGGAACAGUCCUCCAGCUGCCCUCUGGUGCUUUGCUGCCCCCCUCCCUGGAUGGCACCCCAUUUCUCCCAGCAGCAAGAGUGAAAAGGAAUUGCUCUGCUGGGAACUUCACUGCCAGGAGCCACAUUUCAAAGAGGCCAGGAGGAGGGCCCCUGGAGGCUACUAUCGCCUUGUAAGCCCCUUCUCCGACCAGUGUCACCACAAAAGCCCACCAAAGUCACACCUGCAACGUCCCUCCCUGGUCAGGCAAGCUGAAUGCGGAGUCGGGCAUCAGUGUCUACAGUGUUUAAUAAAUAAAUGAAUAAAAAUAAUGUCCUUAAUGAUGUGAGUAUUCAGUAAAUGUUCGCCUUUAAAAAAAAUAAAAAAAUAAAAUUCCCUGGGUGCACACCCUAAUGAAAUGUGCUGCACAUGCCUAUGCACGGAGCUCGUUUGAGAGCAUUUUUCCUUUUUUAGCAAUUGUGUUAGGGGUAGGGUCUUGAUGCUGUUGCUGCAAGGCCAAGUUCUGCUGGGUGUGAGAGGAGGAUGUGUGCGUGAGUUGUAUUUGUGGCCUCCAACACUCCAGUGCAGCCCUCGGGACCAAAGAAGUUGUGCACGCCUGCUUUAAGGUGCCACCAGACACUUGUUUCUGCCAAGGAAUUUUAUUGCUCAUGCUGCUGCCUGCCUCAGACUUAUAUAACUGCUCUUAUGCUGGAAGCUAGCUGUCAGAUUUGAAGUGCCUUCUUAGAGGAGCAUUCUCCGUCUUAAGCUUUUGAUCCGUGACCCCAACAGUUCUUGAGAGAUUGUUUCUGCUAUGAAUUGUUGCCUUUGCCUUUGCCUUAUAAGAAUACGAUCUGCUAUACUUUCAAGUGAUAAAGCCCCCAAAUUACAAAAAAAUUAACUGUAUUUUUGUCUUAGCAGCAGCCUCAAAGAUUAAACACAAGUUGUUUCAAGGAAGUGACACACUGGAGUUGUCAAAAUAUCUCUCAUAGAUAUGGCUGUUUUGUAUUGGUUGAAGUUUGGGGUUAUUGUUUUGGGGGAAAAUGUUUGUAUUCUCGGAUGUUUUAUCUUUAUAAUUUUGAUUGACUUGGUUGACUUUGUACUGUUUUAUAUUGCAAUCUGACGCUACACAAUAAAGCUGAUGAGGAUUUAUUUA